AUGCCUGGACUCGUUAGCGACGCUACGCGCGCUUGGGAGGUUAAUAUGCACUGGCCGUUGAAUGCACAAUGCGCUGUGUGGGAUGUCAAGGGGAAGGGUGUAGAUGUAUGGGAGUGCGUCCGACCCCACCAGUCCACUCCGCAAACACAACCACCAAACAGCCAAUACUGGCGUUACGUUACACGCCGAUAA